CCAUUUGGACUCCGCGGCAAAAUUGCAGAGCUUCCCGCUAAAGACGAAUACGGCGGAUCGUUCCCGGAACGCAGUCCGAUCGGGGGAAAAGGUCACGAGCCAGAAACGGAGGAUGGAGGAGCUGCGGAAGCUGGAGCGAGCGCAGGCGGCCCUGGAGCUGAUGCGCCGCCGCGGCGUCUCGCCUUCCGAUCCCGACUCCGAUCGAUUCCUCGCCGAUCUCCUCCUCCUCUUGAUACAACCAUGUGGGGAGCUCGAUAUGGACCGGAAGUUCAAUUUAAUUAAUGAAUACUUGCCAAAGAUAUUAAGGACGUUGAUCAAGGAGGCCUCCCAUUUGCUUGAUCAAAAUGACCUAAUGAAGCUGGAAAACAAGGAUUCUAAAUAUGUUCAAUCUGAAUUAAACAAGAAGACCGAUUGUGCCCUGCAAACUGAGUUCCACAAUGUGGCUGUAAUUGGACUCAAUGCGAUGGAGAGAGCAAAUUCAACCCUUGAGGACUUUUGCAGGUCCUAUUUUAUGUUUCAUGAAAUGGAUGUGAACAGACCAGAAUCACUAUUCAAAUAUCUACCCGUGCUUUCUUUCACAGAAAGUUACAUUUAUCAGCUGGAUAUUUUGAAUGAGAGAAUAGUGCAGCUAUCUGCUGGUGGACUCCCAGUUCUAAGAGCUCAAUCUGAGGAGAGGGAUUGUGAUCUCAAUAGUGAACUUGUCAAUGCAUUCAAAGGAGAUCCAUUCGGACCACUUAAGAGUCUUCUUAAAUUUCGAGGACUUCUAAAUGACAGGAUAAAUGAAGAAUUUAAAUCAGGAGAGGAGUUCUGGGCACUGGAAAGAAAGCUAUGCUCUGCCUUGAUGCCCGAGGAGGCGGUUUCAGUUGAAGAUGUCACAAGGGCAAUACAUUUGAAAUCUUUUGAUUACAGGGUACUGAAUCUUUUGUUAUACGAGUUGAGAGGUGAAAAGGUGAAUGACCUGCAUAUGGAGUUCCUUUCCAUAUCGGAAUAUUUGGUAGAGAUCUCUGAUGACCUUUUUGACUAUGAGGAUGAUGUGUUAGAAAAUAGUUUCAAUAUCCUUCGCAUGUUCAUCAAAAUAUAUGGAGCUUCUGCAGCCCCAGCCAUGCUGGCAAAAUCAAUUACAGAGGCUGAAGAGAAGUAUGAUUGCUUGCUGAAAGCUUUGGAGCCUCAGUUGUCUGCCAAGUAUCAGAAAAGAUGUGAAGAAGCUACUGCAGAAGGUGGGCGGACUGGAGGACCGUCGCUUGGGAUGUGGAGCAUUCCUCCAGUGAUUGUGGAUGAGGAAUCCUACCGGUCAAAUAUGCGAAACUGUUGAUGUAUGGCUCAUCGCUGGUGAAGCAGAUCAACCCUUGUGAUCUCUUCUGGGGAAAGAGAAGACCUUGGAGUUUUACACUUCCCUAUAGUAAGUUAAUCAGAGUUGCCAAUUUCUCCUUCCAGAGGGCCUUAUGAGGAUUCAGCCUAUGAACUAUUUGCUUUUGUGGACUAUUGAAUCAUUUUGCCUGCAUAUAACAGUGCAUUACUUUUUUACGUUUCA